CGUGGUCCCCAUGGAGCUGCCGUAGCGGUGCCGGCGCUGCCGCGAACGUCCGGGAUGAGCGCCGCCGAGGCCGAUCGCUGGGCGUGGCUGCUGGUGCUCAGCUUUGUGUUUGGGUGCAAUGUUCUCAGGAUCCUCCUCCCGUCCUUUUCCUCUUUCAUGUCCAGGGUUCUACAGAAGGACGCAGAGCAGGAGUCGCAGAUGAGAGCGGAGAUCCACGAUAUGAAGCAAGAGCUGUCCACCGUCAACAUGAUGGAUGAGUUUGCCAGAUAUGCCAGACUGGAAAGAAAGAUCAACAAGAUGACUGAUAAGCUCAAAACUCACGUGAAAGCACGGACAGCUCAGUUAGCCAAAAUAAAAUGGGUUAUAAGUGUUGCUUUCUACGUAUUGCAAGCUGCCCUGAUGAUCUCACUUAUUUGGAAAUAUUACUCCGUGCCUGUGGCUGUGGUGCCGAGUAAGUGGAUAACCCCACUAGAUCGCCUCGUAGCGUUUCCUACUAGAGUAGCAGGCGGUGUUGGGAUUACUUGUUGGAUUUUAGUCUGUAACAAGGUUGUGGCUAUUGUGCUUCACCCUUUCAGCUGAAAAGGAAGAUGAAUGCAGCUACGUGACUCGUUAAAUGGAUGUUCGCUCAUUAGGUUAAAAAUCUGAUUUAUCCUUUUUUUUUUUUAAGAAACAAAAGUGCACAGGUCAGUUGCUUUGUUGAACACAUUUGUUCUUGGACUUUAUAUGGGAUUCUUCUGUAAAAACCAGGAUUUUGUACACUUGUCAUUAAGCCAGAAAGAUCAAUUUAUGACACACGUGUUCCAACCAACAUAAUCCCUGAUUUAUAAAAAAAAUGUAAGAUUAAGCCAUCUAUUUGCUGUUCCUUGUGAUGUGCACUCUUGGCAUAUUUUUGCCUCAUGUUGCCAACUGGUAAGUCAGAAUUUUCUAACAAUUUAAGUACUUUAAAACUUAGUGCUGUUUUUAAUCCGGAUUAUAAAGUAAUUUAAUUUUAAUACCACUACCAGAAUUUGAAAAUUUGCUCUUUAAUCUCAUGCAGUAGUACCAGAAGAAUAACACUAAUUGACGCUGCCUGUGCCUUUUGCUUCUGUUUAUAAGAUGUCAUUUGUCGGGCAAGCCUUUGCAUGGGAUUGCCCUUUUAUUGGGAGCUGUUGAUUUUUCAUUAUUGUGUUUUAUAAAUGUAUUCAUGAGACUACAAUGCAUUGUUUUAUGCUCAAAUUGUUUUGUAUUUAAUGCAUUUAAAAUGAAGUGUAUUUUAUAAACAUUUAAUAUUUAUGCUCUGUACAAUGGAACAAAGUAAAAAAAAAACUAGGAAGCUCGAUUAAAUUGAUCUGAACUGAUAUAUAUUCGGCUCAUAAAGUAUAAUUCUGCUAAAUCUAUUUUUUAAAAUACUUUUUUCUAAUUUAAAUAUUUGCAAGUACUUGUGUGACUUCCUUCCCUACAGCCACUUACUUGUUCUGACCGAUUUCUAAGCGUAGAGUCUUCGGUAGUUAAGUGGGUGACCACAGCACAUGAAAGCUCAAUGCCUAUGACUGGGUUUUCAAGGAUUGCAUUUGUAUUCUUGUGUUCCCUAAAGACUGCGUACCUCAUUAUUAUUUCUGCUGAUAAUACCGUGAAGAGACGGAGUGCUGUGGUACUUUACUGUCACGCUGCAGGGCCACCAGAGUGGGUUUCAGGUGCUGCCUGUAAUUCGGAUUCACAGGACGCUGUGGGCUUCCCAGCACUGUUUACUCAGCAGUAGGAGAGGCUGCAGAAUGGGGGUUCAGCCACAGUUAGAGCAAACGACAUCGCGCGGGACUUGGGCCCCUGACGCAGCUUCCAGUGUCUCUGUCACCGCACAGGGUACGUUUUAGCCGCACAGGAUGAGAAGCCAUCCUGAGGAUGAGGUUAUAGCAGAUGGGGCAUCAGCAAGGUCUAGAGUCCCUUGGCUGAAAUACUCUGACGGUUCCUCAGUCCUUGGAGGGCACAAGCCUGGCUCCCGUCUCAGUGGACUGCAGUCCAUAAAGGACAGGUUCCGCAGUAGGCAGCGGGCAGCCAGGGGCAGCACAGUCUGGGACAUCCUGCUGGUCAGUACGGUGCAUCCUGUACCUGGCCUGAGGCUAGAGAAAGAGUCACAGUUCAGAGCUGUUAACUUUUUCUUUCCACAUACAUCAGUGAUUCCUAAUGAUUGAACAGAGGAAAUUUAAAUGUUCUUUAUGUUUGAAGUCAUGUUUCUUCAAAAAAUUGUAUUUAGUUUUAAAUGGAUAAUAAACGCAGCGUAAAAAGGGACACAAUGCGUGUCUUCUGA